CCUCAAAAAUCUAUUGUGAGUACGCACGGGCUUUCCUAUUUCUAUUAGACAAUACGCUGUUACUUAAUUGCACGUAACGAAUCUCUCUCAUCUUAGAACAAUCUCUCGACUUGACUUAUAUUUGUUUCAUUCUUGAACAUGAAGGAAUUGUUCAGUGUUGAAACAACAGAGCCUAGAAAGCCUGGUGAGACGCAUGUCUACAGAUCCGUACAUUCUGCAAAGGGUCUGCUGGAGCGUCCUGAGGAAGGCAUUAACACAGUUUAUGAUGUUCUCAAGCGAGCCAUUACUGCUCACGGCAACAAAGAUGCUAUGGGCUGGAGAAAACGGAUUAAAACACACGUUGAAGAGCGUGAAGUGGUCAAGAAGAUUGGCGACCGUGAAGUGAAGGAGAAGAAGCACUGGAUCCUGUACGAGUUGGGCCCUUAUCAAUACAUUAGUUUUACACGCGUCUACGAGCUUGCGUGUGCCGCCGGUGCCGGUCUUCGGCAGCUGAACUUCCAGGCCGGUGAUCGUUUACUUCUUUUCGCUACAACCAGCUCUAGCUGGUUUUUGACUGCUCAAGGUUGUGUCACCCAAAGUGUCCCUAUUGUCACUGCCUACGAAACGCUUGGUGAGCCCGGUCUCAUCACUUCUGUGUCCGAGUCCAAGCCCAGAGCUAUCUUCACCGACCCCGGUCUGCUGUCUAAGCUUAUUGUUCCCUUGAAAGAUGCACCUUUCGUUGAAACCAUUCUCUGCAGUUCCCAGCCUACUGAGGAGCAGACAGCGGCUUUGAAGGCGGUUGCUCCUCAGUUGAAGUUUAUUACGUUUGACGAGCUCAUUGCUACCGGUGAGAAGAAUCCUUGCGAGGUGGUUCCUCCUGCACCAUCCGAUGUCUGCGUCUACAUGUACACCUCGGGUUCUACCGGCAAGCCCAAGGGUGUUAUGCUGCUUCACCGCAACAUUGUUUCCGUUAUUGCCGGAAUCAAUCGUAUUCUGAGUCACCACAUUAACGAGAAGGAUUAUGUGAUGGCUUACUUGCCAUUGGCUCACGUGUUUGAGUUCUUUUUCGAGAUGUGUUGUCUUUACUGGGGAGGUGUUUUGGGUUACGGAUCUGUUCGUACCCUCAACGAUGCCAGUGUAAAGAACUGCCGUGGUGACUUGGCCGAGUUCCGUCCUUCUGUGUUAAUUGGCGUGCCCGCUGUUUUCGAGGCGUUGCGCAAGGGAAUUAUGGCCAAGGUUUCCCAAAUGCCCAUUCAUCGUCAAAAGAUUUUCAGCGGCGCUCUUUCUCUGAAGCAAUACCUUAUGGGUAAGAAUUUGCCCGGCACCGAGCUUCUGGAUGCGCUUGUUUUCAACAAGAUCAAGGCUGCCACCGGUGGUCGUAUCCGUUACUGUAUUAACGGUGGUGCCGCUCUUGCUCCUACCACUCAAGCCUUUAUUAGUGCUGCUAUUGCACCUGUACUUUUGGGCUAUGGUUUGACCGAGACUUGUGCCGGUAGUUUUGUGCUUUCUCCCGAGGCAUUCUACUUGUUUUCGCGCUCUGUUGGUGCCCCCAUCCCCUGUGUGGAGUUCAAGCUUGUUGACAUUCCCGAGCUGAACUACCUUACCUCUCAGAAUCCCCCUCGUGGUGAAGUUUGGAUCCGCGGACCUUCUGUUUGCGGCGGCUACUUCAACCGCACUGAUGCGACCCAAGAGGUUUUCACUGAAGACGGUUGGUUCAAGACUGGCGAUGUUGGUGAGCUCGAUGAGAACAACAUGCUUUGCUUGAUUGAUCGUAAAAAGAACAUUGUUAAAUCCCUUAACGGUGAAUACAUUGCUUUGGAGAAGCUGGAAACACAAUUCAACACCAGCAAGCUCAUCUUGAAUAUUUGCGUAUAUGCUGACACUCAACACUACAAGCCCGUGUGCAUCGUCGUCCCCGCUGAAGGACCACUUCGUGAGCAAUUGAAGAGUGUUCAGGGCAAGGAAUUUUUCGGAAACCCCGAUGAAAGCCUUUCGGCGCUGUGCAAGGAUCCUCAAGUUCGCUCGGUUGUUUUGGCUGAUCUGAUUAGCAUCGCGAAGCAACGUAAAUUCGCAACCAUUGAGACACCUCAGAGUGUUGUGCUUGUAGAUGACGAGUGGACGCCUGACAAUGAUCUUUUGACUCCUUCUCGUAAACUGAAGCGUCAAAACAUCGUUGCAAGAUACAACGAUCUGAUCAUGGAAGCUUACGGAAACUAAGCCGGUCAUGACGUUGACUACGUGCUUUCUUUAGUAGCGUGGUUCCGGCUUUGUUUUUCGUAGACUCUUAAUAUGGGCGUUUCCAAUGGACGUGCUGAUGAAGUGUCGUUGCAUGAGUGUUCUUGGCUUGUGUGAAUGUGCUAACGCUCUUUUUCGGACCUGUUGCUUCUGGUGUGUUCGUGAGUUUCUUUCAUUCUACCCACGAAGGGAAGCAUCAAAGGCCGGCUAUUCCACAAUCUAUCAAUUCUCUCCCCUUGCAGGCUGACUGUCUUCAGCUGGUUCUACGUCUCUUUUUCUAGUCUUGAUCUUCUUCUCUGUUUUACUCACUUUGCUUUUCUUCUUCCGCGCGGGUAGCUAAUCUGCUUGCAGGAGUGGAGAACGGCCUUUGUACGUGCGUUAGUGUGUGUGCAUUUACAUGCAAUUACAUUAGCAUGAGCACCUUUGUGGUUGCCUUUUGUCUUCCUUCUCCGUGAAUGUUUACAACGUUCUUGUGUCCUUUAUGCUUUUUUCUCUCUUGUCUUCUUUUACUUCCCCCUUCUCGCUUACCACGCUUCCCGUACCCUACACGACCUCCCUCUGUCUAUCAAACUUACUAUACUUGCACGUGCACCUCGUUUUCAGCAUCUGCCAAACUUACGAGUGCUUCAAGUUCUUUGUUCAAGGACCCGUGCUGCAAACUUCUGCAAGGGUGCGCUACUCCUUUUUUACAUAUCCAUUACCAUAUAAAUUUGAUAGACUGAAUUAGUAAUGUAUUAUUCAAAAGUACGAACCGACCGCACUUUUAGGCGUGUAUGGACAACAGGUCCUGCCUUUAGCUGAACAAGGAAGGGGACUUUUGAUCUUUUAGAAAGAGAAAGUAAAGAUGGCUUCAUUAUCAA